UAAACCAGGCUCAGUGGAAUCUUUUGAUUCCAAGAAAUGGGGUUCCAGAUUCCAAAACAUUUGAUGUAACAUUGAUGAUCUGUUUGAUCAGAAACUUGACAUCUAUCAAUCCGCCAAUCAAUGGAUUUGCCAGUCUACCACUACCAGGGGAAACAACUCCAGGAUCUGAUCUAUCCAGGAUAAAAUGUUACAGGAAUAAACUAGCUCAUCAUGAUAAUACAAUAGAUACUGCUUUUUUCAAUACAGCAUGGAGAGAUAUAUCAGAUGCUGUAGGUCGAUUGGGAGGUGAAACAAUGUAUCAAGAGUGUCAAAGGUUAAAGGUGAAAAUCUUAGACCAGUCUAAUCAGGAAAUUAUGUUGGAAAUCAAACAAUCACUGGAAGAGUUGAAAGAACUGAAACUAACAAUAGACAAUUUGAAUAUGGAACAUUCAAAAGUUAUGGAAAUUUUGAAAGACCCAAUACCAUGGAACAUCAAAGAGCAGAAACAAAUAGAGGACUGGGAAGAGAAAGAUAAGAUGUUUGUAUCUACAAUAGCCAGUGAUUACGUCAUGGAAUGUUUACAGGACAACAGUUGCUUGACAUUAACUGCCCCAUCAGGAGUUGGAAAAUCAUUUAUUGCCAGACACACAGCACUUGUUUUAAAGAAGGAAGGAUACAAUAUAAUACCAGUAGAAUUACCAGCCGACAUUAAAACUUAUUAUCAGCCUGGUAAUCAGACCGUCUUCAUUGUAGAUGAUAUUUGUGGAAAUUUCACUGCGAAUCAACAACAGAUUGAUAACUGGAAACAAUUGUUACCUGUGAUUAAAAUAAUUAUUGCAGACAAAUGUUGUAAGAUUAUUGUAUCUUGUAGAUUACAAGUCUAUAAAGAUGAUAAGUUUAAUAUAUUAUUACCUUUUAAAUCCUGUGAAUGUAACUUAAUAUCAGAUAAGUUAGGUCUUACAUCUGUUGAGAAAACAAACAUAGCAAAAACCUAUAUUGGUACCAGCAUGACAGAUAUUGAUGAUUUAUCUUCUAAAUGUGAUUUUUUCCCACUCUUGUGUUCCUUAUAUCAAGAAAAAAAAGAUGUAGAUGUUAAAGAAUAUUUCAAAAAUCCUUUUGAUGUCUAUAAAAGUGAGCUAGACAGGUUAAGUGAGCAUGGUGAUGAAGGGAAAUAUAAAAUAUGUAGUCUUGCUUUAUUUGUUCUCUUCAAUAAUCAGCUAAAGGAAAAAUGGUUCCAGGGUAAAAUGACAGAUGAACAACGAGAGAUCAUAAAAGACACAUGUGAGGCUUGUGAAAUCUCCAGUAUACCAAAGGCAAAACUAAAGAAAGCACUUGACACUCUAGAUGGUACAUUUAUCUGUAAACAGAAUGGUGUUUAUAGAACUGUACAUGAUAAACUGUUUGACUUUCUUGCUCAUUACUUUGGUCAGAAAAUGAUUGAAUGUUUAAUAGAUCAUGGUGAUAGUGAUUUAGUACAUGAACGUUUUAUUUGGCAGACAUCAUCAGAUGACAAGAACAGUAACAUAGACCAUGUAGACUUCAUUAUAGAAAUACCAGAUAUUUAUUUAGAAUCAUAUUUGAAAAGGUUUAUAAAGGACUGGUCAGCAGGAAAGGUGAGAGUUAUAUUCAUGAACAACAAUUUGACAGUAUCAUUAUUCAGACAACAGUUAUUACAGCACUUAAAACAACUGGACAAAUCACAACAAGUAACAUUAGCCAUUACCAAAGAUACAGUGUUACCAAAGGAGCACCAUGGAUCAGGUACUACUCCACUGAUAUGUACUUGUUAUGAUGGUUAUACUGAUAUGGUACAGUGGAUGUUACAUAAUGAUGUGGAUGUGGAUCAGUGUAGAGAUGAUGGAGUUACUGGACUGUACAUGGCAAUUCAGGAAAGACAUACUGAUAUAGUAAAGUUACUGUUAGAGAAGAAUCCUAAUGUUGAUCUAUGUGACAAGAAUGGCUGUAGUCCUCUAAACAGAGCAAGUGAGAAAGGACAUACUGAUAUAGUAAAGUUACUGUUAGAGAAGAAUCCUAAUGUUGAUCUAUGUGACAAGGAUGGCUGUAGUCCUCUGUACAGGGCAAGUCAGAAUGGACAUACUGAUAUAGUAAAGUUACUGUUAGAGAGGAAUCCUAAUGUUGAUCUAUGUGACAAGGAUGGUAUAACACCACUGUCCCUGUCAUGUUAUUAUAACCACACCAGUAUAGUCCAGCUAUUAGUUAAACAUAAACCAGACAUUAAUACCCAGGCAAUAUUUGGUUUUAAUGCUUUAUAUGUUAGUGCAAUGAUCGGAAACGUAGAGAUAACAAAGUUACUAUUAGAGAACAAUGCUGACUGUAAUAAAAGUAAUCAUAGUAAACAGUCUAUAACAGAAGCAUUAACUAAUCAUCCAAAGUACACAUUAGAUGAAAUAAACCAAGGCUUAUUUGAUAGUUUGAUGGAGAAUACAUCAUCACAUGUAACAGACUAUGUCAGUAAGAAUUCAGUAGAGUAUGCCUUUGAUGUAGUAGCUGGUUCUUCUCCAUUACACAUAGCCUGUUUUAUGGGUAGGACAGAUGUAGUCAAUUGUCUUCUGGACCACAAUACUAACAUCAACAUGACAAAAGAAGAUGGCACCACACCAUUAUUUUAUGCAUGUGAAGUAGGACAUGAGGAUAUUGUACGUUUAUUGUUAGAUAAAGGAGCAGAUACACAGAUAUGUAGACUUGAUGGGAAAUCCCCUUUAAAGAUUGCAACAGAUAAUGGACAUACAUCUAUAGUAAUGAUUGUAACAGAACACAUGAAGAAGGAGGAAAAACAGACUUGAUGGGAAAUCCCCUUUAAAGAUUGCAAUAGAUAAUAGACAUAAAUCUAUAGUAAUGAUGUUAACAAAUCACAUAAAGGGGGAAGACAAACUUUCUUCUUAAUACUUGUU